UCUAGAUCAGACGUUUGGCGGGCUAGAGAGAGAGGAUAUCUUCGGGAUCUGAGCUUUUAAAGAGUUUGAAAGACCAACCACAGCUUCAUACCUGUGUCUUAUUGGAAUUUAUCUGGUUUUAUUUAGGAUUUGCGGAGUCCUUUUGUUCUCCCUCACGAUGAAGGUUUUAGUUGCCUUGUUUGUUGUGGCAUUGGUUGAUGUGGUAACUUCACAAUGUUCUUGUGAAACAAUGAAAUGGGCAAACUGUGAUGACUCGUGCUCGUGCAGUCUUACAGUAUCUGAAUCUUCCACUCAAACCCUUAACUGUUCCAAGUUGGUUCCCAAGUGCUUCCUCAUGAAAGCAGAGAUGUAUCGUGCCCGUAACAACUUGGGCACAAGAUCAGGUGGGAAGCCAGUUGAGACCGCCUUUGUGGACAAUGAUGGCAUCUAUGACCCAGAAUGUGAGCGUGAUGGGAAAUUCAAAGCAGUCCAGUGUAACAAAACUGAAGUAUGCUGGUGCGUCAACAGUGCUGGUGUACGAAGAAGUGACAAAAAAGACAAGAACAUAAAGUGCGAGCCUGCGGAGACCUUUUGGGUUCGCGUAGAAAUGAAGCACAAAAACGUGGAUGUGCCCAUUGAUGCCACCAAACUGAGGACAGGGAUUGAGAAUGCUCUACUGCAGCGUUACGGUUUAGAUAAGAAACUGGUGUCUGAAGUUCAGUAUGACAAAGAUGGCAGGCUCAUUGUGGUGGAUGUCAAAAAAGACAAGACUGACCGCACUACAGAUCUGUCCCUCAUGACUUAUUAUAUGGAAAAAGAUAUCAAAGUUCUGCCCCUGUUUUGGAGUGGCAAGCCAUUUGAGGUUGAUGUUACGGGAACAAAGGUUUCAAUGGAGAAUGUCCUGAUCUACUAUGUAGAUGACAAGCCACCCACCUUCACCAUGCAGAAGCUUACUGGUGGUAUCAUUGCUGUCAUUGUUGUAGUCAGCUUGAUUGUGAUUGGAGGACUCCUGGUUCUGUUCUUUCUUGCACGGCGACAGAAGGCCCAGUACAGUAAAACACAGGCCAGAGAGAUGGAGACCCUGUCUUAAUUUUAAUGCCGUUUCAUGUACUUCUGAAAUUGGGGAAGUUGUGCUAUGACAUGCUAUGUUUUUCAUACUGGGGGAAACGAAGUGUCUGUUACAGGCAGAGUACAGUGCUGUUAAUUUUCUUAUUUAAAAGGGCUUCUCUUCAAUUGGAUUAACAUUUUAACGUUGUACAGUUUGACUUGUAAUUUUUAAUAAAGUUUGUUUUGUUUUAA